CACAGAGCGCAGGAAAGUUGGCGACGAGUGUCGUAUGGAGAUGGCCCGGACAAUCUCUGUCGGCACUCGUGUCGAUGGCUUGUAUGACGGAGGAGACGUAUGGUUCCCAGGCGUUGUCGACAACCUCCACGGGUCCACCUAUUCCAUUCAGUAUGAUGAUGGCGAGCGAGAAGACGCUGUCCCAGAAUCGCGCAUUCGACUGCACGUGGCAGGCACGUUUUCUGUCGGGUCACGUGUGUUAGCUCGAUACAACCGCGGCGAAGAUGUCUACGGCGGCGUCAUCGCUGACAUUGAUUGCGACGCCCAAACCUAUGCCAUCUCUUACGACGACGGCGAGUAUCAAGGCGCUGUGCCGUUCGCGUUUAUUGUGGACGAAUCCGCUCCAGCUGAGCCCGAGCAAGCCGAGACGGUAUCAACAUCGGCAGGUGUGGAGAACGAUUCCGCGGUCGUUGCGCCGCUAGAUCAACACUCGUUGCAAUCGAAAGAUGAUGCAACGGUCAAAGGCAGCUUGGACGAGACGACAGCAGAGCACAGGUCCGCGGCCCCACCGGACGUCCCUGUUGUGGACGAACAUGCGUCUUUCCACGACAACACUACUGAGAACAAUGCAAUGUGUGCGGCAGAAGCGCCAUCUGAGCCGAGUAAUUUUGACACCCUGGACGUUGCAACUUGUGGGCAAGUGCCGCCUGUGGGAAUCGUCGCACGUGGCCUCGGCAUGCACGAGGACGGCGCUGAUAUCGACGCCAUUGCAUCUCCAGAGAUCGUAGAAGGAACUGUUGUGUCACGGCCGUCGUCAAGGCCAUCGUCCAGACGGCAGAGCGACCGAGUCCCUGCUGUCCAAGAAAACAGCACGCCACACGACCUCGAGAUGCAACCUUCGCCGUCCUCGUCCCAACCAUGUGUGCUUGACAACCCACCUGCCACUCAAGUCACCAUCCGUCCAGAUCCUCCGGCAGUCGAAGUAGUUGCCGCGGUUGCCCCUGACGUCGUCGUCGUGCCUGUGGACGUUGCUGCGACUCCGUCCAUGAUAAUCGCGUCGCCACCCCACGAAGUGGAAAUCGUGACAAAAUCUCGUCGCGCUUCUCAACCAGUGAGCCUGGACUCUUCCGAUCAAGCGUCGACGGCGGCGGGAAUAGCCGACGAAGCGUUGUCUUCCGUGCUGACGCACCAACAAGAAAUCCAAACCAUCCUGAAAACAAUACGCGAACCCGUGGUCGACAACGACUCGAUGAUUGUCGUGAAAAACGCGCUGGCGCAGCUGCUGCAACAACUACGCAUCUCGCCACACGUCACAGUCGACUGCUGCCGCGAGCACGACGGCGAGUUGGCCCUCGUCCAGUGCGUCCAGGCCAACGCGGGCUACUCGAUCCUCGUGUGUUUUGUGUUUGUGAUCGUUCGGCGCAUGUGCUCCGUGUCGGAAGCAGCGUUUGUCAAGUUUAUCGACUUGGCCGUCCUCGACGCCGUGUCGUCCGUGAUGAUGCGGUUCCCGCACGACGCGGUCCUCCAGGCAUCUGCAUGCGGCGUGUUGGCCACGAUUGCACAAGCAACGGGAAUCGACAUCAUGCUGGAAAGCCAAGUCGCCAAGCUCAUUGUCCAAGUUCUUCACGACCACCAGACGCUGAACCACUAUUCGAGGCAAGUACACUUUUACGCGUGUGAAGUGCUUGCAAAGCUCUGCGACGGCGGCGACCCCCGCGUCCUUCGACUCAUGUCCGCUUCGCAUCCAACUUACCAUUCUCCCAUCCACCUGUUUGUGUUCUUGCUUCGCCAAGGCCAUCAACACGAAGACCAAAAGGUCGCGUGUGCCGCAUGCACCCUGGUCCUAUGCUUGGCCGCACGAGAUCGUGAAAGCGCCAACAUUUUGCGAUCCAUCGGGGCGCUCGCCGACGUGUCGACUGUCAUGGCAAAGUAUCCCAAUGACAAUGGAAUUGCGUCGUACUCGCAACCCGCGACACGAGAAAUCGCCUUGUCCAGCAUGACGCAUGGGACGACCACCAAAGUCCAAGAAACAGCCAAAGGAAUUCUGCAAAAACAGGACCUGCGGCUGAGCGGUGACCUCUUUGAGUCAACAAAGCCGCACAAACCCAAGCAAUCGCAGACAAAGAGUUCGCACGAGUCUGUUCGCAAGCAAUCAAAAUUACAACUCAAGGCUACGGCCGGCGGCGGAGACUUCACUCCUAGCAAGACGACCCUUUUCUCGAGAAAUACCAUGGCCCCAGCGCCGCAACUCAGCCACAACGUGGCCGACAGCCUCACAAAGAUUCAACAAAACUCGCUCAAGAAGCCCUCGACGGCGUUGGAAUUCUCGAUGGGGUCGUCCGCGCCAUCGUCCGUGAAAAAACCAUCGUCUUUGUCCGACGCCUUUCCCGCAACAAAACACACGUUUACUCCAUUUGAAGUCAAGCUGGAAAAACGAUUGAUUCAAGCGUCCCAUUCCAAGGGCAUCUUGGCGUCGUCGCCCAUGGUCUCGGCGCAAGAUCGGGAAAACAUCUUGCUACGGACGUACGGAGUUCCAACGAUUCGCAACAUUGACCGCCUUCGUGGCCUUCCGACAUCGACCUCUGCGCGUUCUGCUAAACAUUCCCACAUCGAACCGUCGUCGUCAACGUCCAAGCUGCACACCACAGGGCGGGGCAGCGUGACCAGCUCGUCAUCCGUGCACGAAAAAUCCCUCGCCGCACGGCCCCCAACGAUUCCAGGACAGGAGCCGACAUUGCAACGUCGUGGAGUCGCCCCACGUCCUCUUUCCAAGUCUGGUGGCAGUACACCGAAGAAACCCGCCAUGACGCCAAGCAAACCCGCGCGGGCGACGACCCCGAUUAAAGUCGUCAAGCAAAACUUGUCCAAAUCCAAUCUGACGGCGCCUGUUGUGCCGCCAUCCGACCUGACACAACUGGCCACGCAACUGUUUCACGCUGUCGACGGCGCCGCCGUCGUGAGUGUGGACCAUGGUCCGGUCGCUGAAACGAGGUUGAGUUUUUCAGACAAGCUGCACGAAAUGAUCAAGAAGGCCGAAGUCGCGCUUUGUCGACCUCCGAGUGCUUGCAACCUUAGCGACUGCGACGAUACCGUCAAGUUCGACCCGUCGCAGCUGCCUCCCCAACAACCUCCAAGGGAAUCGAAAACGCACCACACGUCCCAUGCUCCAUCCCCCAGAGGUCUCCCGCCUGCCUCGACAAAGAAAUCCCUCCAUACACCGCAUGCCAAGACAACGGACAAACCGCCGAUCGUGCCCGUGACAGCAUCUACUGAGAAAAAAGCACGCAAACGACCCCAACCUCCGUCCCAUUGUCCAGUCGAAGGGAGAACACUCAGCACCGAGGCCAACGAGGGUCCACCUGCGGUCGUAGAGUCCAAGCAUAUGCCUGCAAACGCCCCCCUUGCUCCUGCACUCGGCAGCAGUGGAAGCAUAUCGACCGUUGUCGAGCGGAUUGCUUCUGCUACGGCAACGCCACGGGACCCAUCCUUGCCCGAGCAAACAUCGCUUCUACCCAUGCCGAAGGACAGAUUGGAGCCGUUGGUGGAACCAGCCGUCAUGCACGACACGAGCGUCGUGAUGCAUGCUGAAGAACAUGUUGCAAAUGCGGAGCCUCCGAUGGAGUCUUUCGACACCGCUCGUCCCAUGGAUGCAAGUGCAUCCAUCGACAACCUGCCAGCGAACGACGAUUUCGAUGCUGCUGGCGACGUUUCCAUUCGAAGCGACGAAUCCGUCCUGACGGCGUCGCGUGGCGCGGUGAAAUCUGUCGAGGAAGAUGUAGAAGAACAACCGUCUGCAGUCCCUGCCGAGGCAUCGUACGAGGAUGACGACUUUGAGCAAGCGGAAGAAAUCGACGAAGAUGGCGACAAUGGCGCGGACGUGGCGUCUCCAGCGGUGCCAUGCGACGCCACCGCCGCCGCCGUCGUCGUCGUGGCGCUGGACAAAGAGGUCCACUCAGCCAACGAGAUCCAGGAUGCUGAAGGAUCAGUGCCAGACAUGCGUAUUGACAGCCUCCUGUCACAAGAGUCGACCUCCUUAGAAAAAGUCGGGCUGGCUGCAAGCACUGCGCAAACUGGCGAUGCUCGAAACGACAGUGUCCAGGGAAAUCAUGAAAAAUGUGGCGACAAUGGAGUGGUCGGGGAGAUGGAUGCGACGCAGGACGCUUCAAUACCUGGCGGCACGACUGCAGACGUAAUCACGGCCCAAGAGACGGAAAAUUCCAGUCCGUUCGAGCCACACUUUGAGUUGCCCAAGGACGGCACGAGUUGCAGCGGUUGCUUGGACAUCCUCAAGGCCCGGGACGGUGCAGUGGAGGCGACGCCAUUUUGUACUGCCAUCAGCCCCAGUACCUCGAAAGAUACGUUGCUGGAAACCUCUCCAACAGAUGAAGCCACACCCGGUGCCAUGUCGCCACUGGACUCGCCCACAGAAGGAGAGGUCCCAAUCUCCAUGGUGGGCAUGCCCGUCAAUGUGGGGCAACGAUACGAUGCCGAGGAAUUGGACUCACCCGACCAUUCUACAACGCUAGCACGGGACGAAGUGGUGGAUAGCGCGCAUGGCCAUUCAGAGCAGCAGGACGAAAACCACACGAUACCAACUGAAGAAUCGGACGACGCCGAUGACAUUCCUUCCGAUCAUCAUGGUGCUGCUGAGAGUCCAGUCAUCCACGAACCGCCAGAACCAUCCCAUCCACAGGACAAUCCUCAGCACCUUCAGUUUCGCGGCAGUGAAGUUGAAGCUACUACAGGAGGUACUUCAGACACCACACGACUUGGCGCCACGGAAGAGAGCCCUUCCUCCCACCGAGACAAGUCCCAGAUGUCCGAGAUCCCCGACGAGCCGUUGGUCGGCGAACUGCCACUUGAUCUUCUUGGACAUGCGUCUCGUACGGAGAAUGCAAGUGGUCUUGCUGCAAAGGACACAUCAGGUCGCUUGUUCACUCCUGCGAACAUCGACGCGACAGCCAUGGAGUCGCCACAGCUCGUACCGACGAAUGGAACUAGCACGGACUUGGGCGAUACGCCACACGAAGCCACGGACAACAUCCUUCAAAUCGCACCGCAGUCUGUGAUCUCUCCGCGACGAGAAACAGAUCCGGACAACGAUCUGCCCACGACGUCUGAAAACGUGACGGAGCGUCAACGCGAUGCAACCACGAGCAACUUCUCCGAGUGCAUUGGCAGCAAUGACGUUUCCGUUGACGAGCUUCUUAAUAUCAAGAUGGAAUGCGACGGUUUGUCGAAGAGCGACGUCGUGAAUGAGCCGAGUAAUGAUCUGGCGAGUCCUUCCAGUCCAUUCGACGAAGACAACCCGACGGAAAACCAUGCACCUGACGCCACAAAUGCCGGUGUGGUUGCCGGUAAUGUUGGUCGCGCCGAACCAUCCGCGGACGAGAACGUUCGAGACGAUGUCAAAUCGGAGGGCGGCAUGUCGAGUCAAGUCGAUCUCGCGAGUUCGCCUUGCAAGUCAGCCGUCGACGUUGUAGACACUUCCCUUUUGUUUGCCCAUACCACGGACUGCGACUCGACAGCUCAAGCGAUCGCCGACGUUGGUGAAAGCGGACGAAACCGAUGCGAGUCGACUUCCGCGCACCACGAGCGUACCGAGGCAUGUGCCACUACCCAUCCCGUUCCCCCUGUCGAGGGAUGGAAUUUUGCGCUGUUGCGCGCCGCAGAAGACAUUGGGGCAUAUGAGGACGAUGAAUUUGAACAUCUUGCGACCGAUCGAAGUAGCUCCGACGCUGCGACGGAUGGAAUCACGACGGAACGAGUCGACCGUGAUUCAACAGUCAGCGACGUGGCAACACCGUCGUGGCCAUCGUCAAGCACGGAGGGGGCGCAAGGCUCCGAGGACAUGAAGGUCCAGGACCAACGUAUCGUUCCCACUGAAGCUGCCCCAACAUAUCGGACGGAGGGAACGACCGACAUUGGGACUGAAAUCGCGUUUUCAAAGGUGGAGGAAGCGCUGGAGUGUUUCGUAACCAAAGACGACGCAAGUGGGGUUUGCAAUGCCGUGAGCUCAUCUGGUCUGCAACCUCUUGAGUCUGCGAAUCCAGCAACGGAUUCUUCGGCGUUAGCUAGCAAGCCAACGUGUCAAAGCUCAUCAACGGAACCCGACGACGUGGUUGUACCCGAUGGAGACGCGCUUGACUUCCAUGAGCAAAAGAACGAGCCAGAGAGGUUGCCAACACCUCGGCUACAUGAAGCCAUGCCCGACGUUGUCGAGCCGGUGGAGCUUCAGUUGUUGGUGGAUGCAAGCAGUGGCAGCAUGGACGGACGACUUCCUGACGCUUCACACGAAAUCGAGUCGACACAGCGCCCAGUCAGCGACGGUGUAGGCAAUGGUGAUGCUGGCAAUCCUGCCCACCACGAUAUCGAGUUGGAAGCUGUCGAAAACCUUAUGGUCCAUGCGGACAACCCAGCCUCCGAAAUGCCUCCGUUUGUGAGCGAACAGAUCGAAGAGCAAGAGGACGCUUCAUCAGAGGCGAAUGCUACGAACGACGCGAUGGCAACUGGUCCAGAGGUCGCUCCAACCGUGGACGAGCCAGCAGGGCACGAUGCGCACUUGGAUGACCCUUAUGGAGACGACUUCGAAGGCCACGACGAUGAGCAAGACGUAGUGCACUCUGAGGACAGCGCUACCACGGCUGAAGCAGCACAAGGCGUAAAUCACCUGGACCUUGGACUGCCUGCAGUGAACCUUGGUGCUCCAAAGCAGGCUGCAGUCGACACGCUUCGGUCCGUCAAUGCUGCAGAUGACGCCUCCAAUAUCCCAACGAGUGACUCCGACUACCGCAAUCACGACGGCGCUGUCACGAAAUGCGACGUCGCACCCGAACCAAGAGUGCCCGACAUCGACGUUUCUGCUGUGCCUGAUGCUACAACGCCAGAUAGCGACCAAUGCAAACCUGCAGUGGCGAUUGCUGGUGAUGGUGAGGAAGAACCAGUGCUCCGCGACGAUGCAGCAGCGUUCAGCAGGAGUGCCACCGAUGAGGCCAUCGACAUGGGAGCUCAAGGUUCUUCCACCGACAGGCCACCGUCGGUGGAAAAGGUUACUAGCGACUCUUUCAGCGACGCAGCACCGUGUCGAGCGAUCGCCGAUUCAGAAACCAUCCGCCAGGUGGUUGACGCAACGAUGACAGUCGCCGCCGACACCACUGUAGUGCCACCAACGAAUCGCCAAGACACCCUGAUGCAUGAGCUGCGUGACGUGGAAGCCCCAGAGUCUGGUGUGCCACCGCUCUCGGACAACGCAGAAGAACAUGCACGGCACGAUCUAUACAGAGAAGACUUUGAAGGUGUUGAGACGGAUCGAGGCGACCCCGAAGCUACGAGCGAUGAAGCUCCCGUUGCUAGGUUUGCACAACCCGAAACAAUCCAUUCUGCCCUCGAUCCUCGAGGCUCUGGGCCAGAAAGAGCGUUGAAUGAUGACAGCGCAAGCCUCGUGAGCCACGACGUCGAGGAGACCGUAGCUCCACGUGAACUCGGCUGCUCUGGUGUCGUGGAUGACAACGAAUACGACAGGUCGUCGCAUGAAGAGCCGACGUCCAUGCAAGAUAUCGAGGCUUUGAACGAAAGCACGCAGCGCGAACUCCAUGCAACCAAGGAUCUUGGUGCGGCGUACGCUCAACCUGACGCGGUCGCUCCACUCGAACGGGACGUCGACAGCGUAAACGCCGACGUUUUGCACCCGACACAGGACGCCAACGCGCCAAUCGUGGCUACAGUCGACCUCGACGCGCACGACGUAUCCGUGGCGUUAGCGUCGACGGCUCGUCCACACAAUCUGCCGGACGUGGCUCCAAUCGCGGUUGCCCUCGCUGGUUUGAGUCAGGCAGAUCAGCCAUCUCCUGCCGAAUCCGCGUUUUCUUCGGAGAAUGGGUUUGCAAAUCCUUCCGCACCCAGUACAGGUCGCGAUGCCGACGUGGGCAAGAUGGCCAAGGCAGACGUUGCUCUCGCGGAGACAGACUACAUGCCACAGUCGGGCAAAGCAGCGCCUACCUCAGAGAUAUCAUUGGAGGAACACGCGCACGGAGCGACGUCGCCAGCAGAGUCCAUGCCGUAUUCCGACGAUGGUUUUGCAUCGUCGGCACCUGCAACGGGGCGCGACACGCUGGAUGGAGCUCCGGACAGUGCACCGCCUGACCAACAAAGCAUAGUCGACGUACUACACGAGAUCCUGAAUCCCUUGGAGGUUGUUGCGCCAAUCUCGGGCGCUGGCAGGACUAGUCCAAGGGCUGCGUCGUCCCCCACAGAGUCCGCGACGUACUCUGACGACAUUGAGUUUGCCAACGUAAUGACUCCAUCCGCUGGGACGCCUCGCAUCGAGCCGCAAGCAGGCCAGUCUUCGUCGACCCCCCCGUCAAGUCGAAACAACCUGCCGAAUCAACAAGCCAGCGCCGAGAACACAUCGAGCCAAGAUUCCUCAAGUCCUCCUUCAAGCCGUUCAACUGGAUCUGGCGGUGGCAUCUCGCCUCGGAACUCCGUCGACGAACUCGUCAACGAAACAGCGCCAACUGGAGCUCAAGCCAGCGAUGAUGGCGUCGCCAUGCCAAAUGAGGACGUGACUGUCGAUCACGGCAGUGGCAUUCUAGACGACGGCCAGGAGAGCAGCGACGGUGGGGACGUCGACGAUAUUUAUGGACAGGGUGACUUUGAAGAAUAAAACGUGAUGAGUUGGAUGUUGAA